AUGACAAUACACAUCGUUGAGGUUUCAGAAGUCACCCCCGCUCCCAACUUAGACUCCGUCCUAAACUCCCGCCAACUCCCAGCCAAGCGAGUCUUCUUCUACAGACUUAUCGAAUCGACUCGUGAGCAUUUCCACUCAUUCAUCCUCCCUAAGCUCAAGCUCUCCCUUUCCCUCGUCCUCCGCGACUACCUCCCUCUCUGCGGCCGCAUCACUUGGGAGCUAAACGAGCCCAAACCUAGCAUCGUCGUCUCUCAAAACGACGCCAUUUUGGUUACCAUCGCUGAAACUGACGCUGAUUUCUCUCUUCUUUCCGGUUAUGGACAACGUCCAGCUUCCGAGUUACACAACUUACUGCCUGAGGUACCGGUUUUUGAUGACUCAGCGAAGGUCUUAUCUCUUCAAAUAACGUUGUUCCAGAGCCAAGGAUUCUCCAUUGGCGUCGCGGCACACCACGGCGUUUCAGACGGAAAAACGUCAACCAUGUUCGUCAAAGCUUGGGCUCACGUGUGCAAACAGCACCUCAAAGAAAACAAUGUCGUUGUCCCUCUACCGGAGACUCUAACUCCGUCUUUUGAUAGGUCGUUGAUCAAAGAUACAACAGGACUCGAUGAACAGAUGAUCAAGAUCGUGAGAUCGAUGAAACAAGACAAAACCAACGUGAGCAGAAGCCUGAGUCCUAUUCCUGCAUGGGAACUUGGAGACGACUUCGUUUUCACCACGCUCGUGCUGUCACGCGGUGACGUUGAAAAACUCCGCGAGCGAGUCAAGAGCAAGUCACCAAGUCAGCUCCACCUGUCGACUUUUGUCAUCGCUUACGCUUACGUGUGGACAUGCCUCGUGAAAGCGCGUGGAGGAAACAUGGAGAGACCCGUGAGUUUCCUCUUCGUUGCGGAUUUCAGAGAGCGGCUCGAUCCGCCUCUUCCGGCGACUUACUUUGGAAACUGCAUGUUUCCGGCGGGUAGCUACAACAGCAAGACGGCGGCGGAUUUCGCGGGAGAAGGAGGGUUUGUAACAGCGGUGGAGAUACUCAGCGGUUUGGUGAAAGAUUUUAGUUCAAGAAAGAUAGAGACGAUUGCGGAAGAAUACAAGAUGGUAUUUGAUUACGCGGUUGUGUCCUCACAGUUCGGGGCCGUUGCUGGGUCGACCCGGUUGGGUGUGUACGAGUCGGAUUUCGGGUGGGGAAGACCCGUUAAGGUUGAUGCUGUCUCCAUUGAUGGAAACAAAAUCUCAAUGGCAGAGAGACGCGACGAAUCAGGUGGCAUCGAGAUCGGAAUGUGCAUGAAUAAAGCUGAACUUGACAUCGUCCUUACUUUGUUCAGUAGUGGUUUACAAAACUAA